AUGGCUCCUAGUAAUCUCCGCCUCUUAAACCGGCUCAGGAAAGCCAUAACAAAGGUGAGAUUCCUUCUCUCCUUCAACCUCCGGCAAUGGCUCCUCUUCCCAACAUCCGCUCCCUCCUCCCAUCGCCUUCUCAGCCUUGACAACCAGCCACCCUCACCGGGACUCCUCGACGUCGCCGGCGAGUUCAGCUACUACUUAUUUGAUCCACUCUCCUCUUCGCCGCCGACAAGACCUUCGAGUUCAGGUUCGAAGCCGCUCAGAAGGACAAUAUCAAGGGCUGUGAGCGGCUCAUCUAAUGCUUCAUCAAUCGAUGAUAUUGACCAGAGGGCUGAGAAUUUCAUUGAGAACUUUUACAGGCAGUUGAGGAUGGAGCGACAAGUUUCACUUGAGCUGAGAUAUUGUGACGGAAAGGGUGGAUUUUUGGAAGAAUGAAGUCUGAUAUUGUUGAAUAUUGAUCAUCUUAUGGGUUUUGUGUGUUUGAUGAAAUGCUGAAUAAUUCUUUCAUUUUUUUUUUUUUUUGUUAAGAUUUGUGUUGUAUCUUCUUUUAUUUG